GCUAGCUCGGAUUGAAUAAUGUUCGCCUCUCUGCCUCGUCCCUAGCAAUUGCGCUCGGCCAUCGACCCUCUCCCCUCCACCUCUCCCUCCAGCUUCAUCGCCCAAUUGCACUCCAUCAUGCAAGGGCUCACCACAUCGACGACUGCCACAAUGCUGUCUCGACAGCUUGUGCGCCGGCAACCCCUGCCCACUGCCACCAUGGCCCGAAUAGUCGCGCAGCGCACCUACGCCACCCCGUCCGGUCCCCCGCCAGCGGGCUUCCGAUUGCCUAGGUCGAAGCGAUGGGACGAUGAAUCUGAGUCCACCCUCGAUCGAGCAGGCCGAUUUUUCCUCCUGACUGAGAUGUUCCGCGGCAUGUAUGUCGCGAUGGAGCAAUACUUCAGGCCACCAUACACCAUCUACUAUCCUUUUGAAAAGGGGCCUAUCUCUCCGCGCUUCCGUGGUGAACAUGCAUUGAGACGAUACCCUUCAGGAGAGGAGCGCUGUAUCGCCUGCAAGUUAUGUGAAGCUGUUUGCCCGGCGCAAGCUAUCACAAUUGAAGCAGAGGAGCGAGCAGAUGGCUCGAGGAGAACAACUCGCUAUGAUAUCGAUAUGACAAAGUGCAUCUACUGUGGCUUCUGCCAGGAGUCGUGUCCCGUUGACGCCAUCGUCGAAUCACCCAAUGCUGAGUAUGCGACCGAGACACGCGAGGAGCUGCUGUACAACAAGGAGAAGCUUUUGGCUAAUGGAGACAAAUGGGAGCCUGAGCUGGCGGCAAACAUCAGAGCUGAUGCUCCUUACAGAUAAAAGUGCCACUGCACCUAUAUUCGUCCGAGACAAAAUAGUAAGAACUGUACAUAUCACCUAAGACUACUGAUAAGCUUUUUCCGUUUGUGGCGUAUGGCUGCGUUUCAAAGCAUCUUUAAAUAUUUCUCAUUAUAUGCUACCUGGCAACUGCGCCGUGAUUCAUUUCCCUAGCGAUGGGUCCAUCAAUUUCCAUUGAUACCUACAAGGCAAAAAUGGGCUAUGACGAGGUACAUAAAGUUCGAAGACGUAAUCAACAAUGGCCAGGUAGGGGCCAGGUGCAAGCAACU